UUUCAAAGAGAGGAGUCCUGUGACUCUCUGAGUGGGCUGUUUCCUCCUCCUCAUCAGUUUCACCCACUCCUCUGCCACGUCAAUUGGAGGCACCUAUGGAUCAGAUUGUACACUGAAAGGACAUUUCAUCUCUCAGCACUCAUCAUUCCCCUUGUUCUAGCCCCCUGCCCCCUCCUUUUUUUCUAGUGAGGGUCUGCUGUACAUGGUGUCUGCCACAGCCCAGCCGGUACAGAUUUUGAGGCAGGCUUAACCCUCAUCCAGACAGAGGAUGCAGCUAGGAGAGCAGAUCCUGACCAGCUCUGCUCCUAACCUGCCCCACACCUUCUACCCUCUGCCUGGGGACCCCAACAGCGCCGCCCAGAGCCCAGGCUUGGAUUUCAGCGUUGGGCAACACAAGAGCCAACAGCAACAGCAGCAGCACAAGAAGUACCCCAGGGGCCUCCACUUAGACAGCCCAAGAGAAGCAAGUUCCAGUAACACUGCUGCCAACACUAUGCUCAGCGAGCCCAGCGAGAGCUUCCAAGCCACCAAGAGCCUGCAGGACAACAGCAGAAAAGGCUCCCCAGUAGUGGAAGAGGACCUGACUUCUGUCCCCCCAACUUCAGCUCCACGGUACCUGGACAACACUAUGCAGGUAGCCUCUGAGCGCUAUUACCUGCCACCCCAAGGACAGCAGCACCAACAGGCUGGGGCAGAGCUGGGCUCCCCCUGCUCCAUCUUCCCUUAUGCCCCACCGCAGCACAGCGCCGUGUACCAAGCGGGUGGAGCAGCCAGGUACACCCCUUACAGCAGCAUGCUACCUCCAGCCGGCUUCUCCCCUCCAGUGUGUCCCUCUCGCCCACAGUACUCCACCGGCUAUCAGUACAGCCAAGCGCCUGGUACCAUGUACAGCCCGUACCCAGCGGCCGGCUCUGGCAGCGGACUCAGUGCCCUUGGACUGCCUGGCACUGGGGCUGGAGUUCGGGCACAGGUCUACCUCUGCAAUCGUCCUCUGUGGCUCAAGUUUCACCGACACCAGACCGAGAUGAUCAUCACCAAGCAGGGCAGGAGGAUGUUCCCCUUCCUCAGUUUCAACAUCACCGGCUUAAACCCGACAGCCCAUUACAACGUGUUUGUGGAGGUGAUUCUGGCCGAUCCCAACCACUGGCGAUUCCAAGGGGGCAAGUGGGUGACCUGCGGCAAAGCGGACAAUAAUAUGCAAGGUAAUAAAGUGUAUGUGCACCCCGAGUCCCCCAACACUGGAGCGCACUGGAUGAGGCAGGAGAUCUCGUUCGGGAAGCUGAAGCUGACUAACAACAAGGGAGCCAAUAAUAACAACACUCAGAUGAUUGUCCUGCAGUCUCUACAUAAGUACCAGCCACGUCUGCACAUUGUGGAAGUCAGUGAAGAUGGAGUGGAGGACCUGAACGACUCAGCCAAGACCCAGACAUUCACCUUCCCAGAAAACCAGUUCAUUGCUGUCACAGCAUACCAGAAUACAGAUAUCACUCAACUGAAAAUUGACCACAAUCCAUUUGCAAAAGGUUUCAGAGACAACUAUGAUUCCAUGUACACGGCUUCAGAAAAUGACCGAUUAACUCCAUCUCCUGCGGAUUCUCCUAGAUCCCACCAGAUAGUGCCCGGUGCCCGCUACAGCGUCCAGCCCUUCUUCCAGGAGCAAUUUGUCAACAAUCUGCCCCCUACCAGGUACUACACUGGAGAAAGGACUGUACCCCAGACCAAUGGUCUUCUGUCACCGCAGGGUAAUGAAGAAGUGGCCAGCGCUCCCCCCCAGAGGUGGUUUGUGACCCCUGUCCAACAAGCAGCAGCCAACAAACUGGACAUGGGCCCCUAUGAUACAGACUAUUCUUCUAGUUCCCUUCUCACCUAUGGCAUAAAGUCUCUGCCCAUCCAGACCUCUCAUCCUAUGGCAUACUAUCCAGAUGCAGCCUUUGCUUCCAUGACAGGCUGGAGUAGCAGAAGUUCUCCAUAUCAAAGGAAAAUGGCAACUGGUUUACCUUGGUCAUCCAGGUCAAGCCCCUCAAGUUUCUCUGAAGACCUUCUGUCCAAAGACAAGGUCAAAGAAGAGUUGAAUUCAUCAUGGGUGGAGACACCUCCUUCCAUUAAAUCUUUGGACUCAAAUGACUCUGGCGUCUACACAGGAGCCUGCAAGCGAAGGCGACUUUCACCUAGCACUUCAAGCAAUGAAAACUCCCCUCCCAUUAAAUGUGAGGACAUUGUAAAUGAAGACUUUAAAGAUGCCUCCAAAGGCCUAGGCUAUUAUUCCUUCUACUCUAGUUCUUAAAGAAUUAUUAUAUAUUUAUAUAUGUAUAGAUAUUACCUUAACAUUUUGAGCACAGGGUGGAUCUUAGAAUUAAAUGCCAAAAAGUGUGGGUUUUGCCUUUCAUCUGGAGAACUAAAGGGAUAUAAAAAAAAACUGAUUUGUAGUUCUCUAGAUUGAGGCCAGAGCUCUGAGUGCUGCAAGUUCUGACUUGUCACAAUCUAUCCUAAAUGUGACAGUAAUUAGUAUUUCAAGUGGAUAAUAUCUACUUUGUUUUGGUUGUUUAUUUUAUUUUUUUAUUGUGAUUAAUUUAUGAACCAAGACCAUUGUAAAUAUUGUGUAGAUAUUCUGAUGCCUAUUGUGGAGUAUAAUAUAUUGUAUGCAUUAUGUGUGUUUUCUUGUUCUACAAGACAAUUCCUGAACUGUUUUGUUGUACAAUUGUGUAAUGGCUAGUACACAAGAAAUUCUAUCUAGAGACUUUAGACUGCCAUGUCAGAAUGUAUUU